AUGGCGUGCAUGCACGGCUCCCACGACUCGCUGACCAGCAAGAUCCGGUCUGGCGCUCACGAGCGUGUCGCGUCGGAGGCCUCCAGCCCACGCGCGGGCGAGCCGCGAGCGGUGGUCUUCUUAGACGUAGACGGCGUGCUCUGCUGCAAUAGCGAGGCGCGGCUGGAGGCGGCGCCGCUGCGCCAGCUCCGGAGAAUCUGCGACACCACCGGCGCGCAGGUCGUGCUCAGCUCCGACUGGCGCCGCAACGCGACACUCUCGAGGCGCAUAGCUGCUUCCCUCGAGGAGACAGGUGUUGGCCUGAUCGGUGAGACGCCGCAGAUGGAGGCCGUGGGCCACGGCCAGCGAGCGCGGCCGAGGGAGAUCGCUCACUGGCUCUCGUGGCCGCCCCGGAGCUGGAAGGAGUCGGUGAGCUGGGUGGUGCUCGACGAUCGCGACCUGCUGGCGGAGGAGGGCGGCGUCUUCCUGCGCGGCCGCCACGUGCGCACCUUCUUCCGCACCGGCCUCACCGCCGAGCUCGCCGACCGCGCCAUCGCGACGCUGCUGCACGGCCCCGCAGAGUCCGGCCCCGGGUCGCGCAACGGAGGCGCCGUCGGCACCACUGGCUCGCCCCGCAGAAGCGUAGCCUCGCUGCAGUCGCUGCUCCGGAGGAGCGGCUCCAGGCGGCGCCUGUCGUCGUCCGCGUCGGAGGCCGGCCCUUCGCAGAGCGGGGCGGCGGCGGCCGAGCAGGGGGCGGUUCCGCAGCAAGGGACACGGGCGCCGCCGGGCGGCGAGAGGCGAUAG